GAGCUCGAGCUUGGCACAUCGCUGUGAUCCAGAACAUCACCGCGCUGCGUGCAUCUGUUGGCUGCCCGCGCGCGCUCACUCUCUCCGUUUUCCCCAUCUCGCGCAGGUCGCGCACCUCCACUCCAGCCACCUCUUCGCCCCUCACUCCGAGCGACGACAAAAGAGACGAGACGAAACAAAAGCCAAAAAGCAAUGGUGAAGGAAUAAAAGUGAAAGAUGGAGUAAUGACGAGAGGACGGUUAGGUGGCAGACAGACGAGGAGAACCGCUGUCGCAGAGGAGGAGGAGGAGAAGGAACGGAGGAGAGAGGGGAGCAGUCACAUCUGCCGUGACUUUGGGGAUAUCUCUAAGUGGGGAGAAAAGGGGAGACGACACAUUCGUCAGAAGCCAAAAAUAUGUCAGAAGAACGAUUAACAUGUGUCGGAAUUACUGUGGUGGACCUCUUGUCGAUUUUUGCGACCUUUUCUCAUUUUUUCUGUUUUGCUAUUUUGUCAGUUAUGGUAACGUCUGCCUAACAUAGUGGCCUCGUGAGCCAACGGUCUGCUUUAAAAAAAAUACUAAAGGUUAUCUAUUUUGAUAUUUUUAAUUUGAAACAUUCUUUGGGGUGUUUGGCCUCCCAGGGAAAUUUGCUUUGGAGAUAACGUUAAAGAAGGACGGUUUUUAAGGGACGAGACCCCCACCUCCUCCACCCCCUUACAUAAAUGUUUGCGUGCCUUUAGUGCUCUCGUUCUCGCUCGACCCCCUCCCACCCCCCACCUCCAUCCCUCUCUCCCUCUGAAUAGGUUGCUGAGUCCCACACGCAGACAGACAGACGCAUCUCAUAUGCUCACAUAGACACAGACGGAGCUGGGCAUUAUCUCACACGCACGCGAAACUCACUUCUCAUAUGCACACAUAUUUAUACAGACAGACCUUACCCUCCUCACCCCCACUAUCUGAUGACUCCCCGGCGUAGAGGCGAACGUGGUACGGAACCGACUGUAGCAUCAUUAUCACCCUCAGCACUACCACUGUCAUCACCAUUCUUCUCCUCCUCUUCCUCACUACCACCAUGUCCUCUUCGUCGCGCAAGAUCUCCUCCGAGUCGUUCAGCAGCUCGGUGGGCUCGGACUGCGGGCUCGAAAGCCCGGGGGGAGACGGAGGGGACGGCGGUUUGGAGCCGGCGGAGGAGAACCGAGGCUGCCCCUUCUCCUCCUUCCACUCCUCCCACAGAGCGGGGCUCUGGAACGGCCGCAGCCCCGCCGAGAGGUCGGCGUGUCCGGCGGGCGAGGAGCAGCAAGGACCCGGUGGACCCCACAAGAGGGUCACCAGGAGGAGACGGGUGAACCUGGACUCACUGGGGGAGAGCCUGAGGCGACUGACCUCACCCACGACUCAGACUGUUCAGGAGGCUCUACAGCGAACUCUUAAAUUCUACAGACAACAAGAGAUCAGGUGUCAGGAAGUUGGCAAUGAGGAGAGGCGAAGAGAGAAGAGAGAGGAGAAGUGCCCAUUUCUAGAAAAUUCUGGUUCAGAAGAAGAUGUCCUACAAAUCCUACAGUACAUGGCCACCAUACUGGGAGUACCUUUCUGUGAGCUGCGAGAGCAUUUUGGAGAGGAGUUCUUUGGCCUUUGCUUUGAAGAAAAUGAACGAGUGCUUCGAGCUGUAGGUGGCAACCUCCAGGACUUCUUCAAUGGCUUUGAUGCCAUUUUAGAACACAUUCGCACUUCCACGGGGCGCCGGGCCUCAUCUGAGAGCCCCUCUUUCCAGUGCAAGGAUCUCUACGAGGAGGAGAAAGGGAGACGAAAAUUAGACAAAGUUGGAGAGCAAGAAGAUGGAAGAGGGAAAGUGUUGCUUCUUCACUGUUUAAACCCUGCCCCUGUUGUUGGAUUGGUCAUGCCAGGGUUGAUCAGAGCUGUUGCCAGGCGGAUCUUUCAUUUAGAAGUUGAGGUGGAAGAAGUACCACCGCUAACUCCCUUUUUGACCAAUAAAGACACCAAACACACAGAUCCUGACUCCACAACCCCCACCCCGACUGCGUCCCCCACCGUCUCACCCUCCUCGUCCCCGUCUCCUCCCUCUCCUUUCCCAACCUCUGUUCCCACAGUUUGCUUGUCCUUCCAAAUCCAGGAGAUAUGCCCUUCUUCCCUCUCCUCCCUCCCAAAUACUGCCUCUGUGAGCACUAAACGCCCCCUCCUCUCACUCUCCACCAACCCCAGUGAUCUGUGCAUUGGCCUGGCCACGUUUUGCCGAGCCUUUCCAUUUCACCUUGUCCUGGGGCCUCGCAUGGAGCUACUGCAGCUUGGAGAAGGAUUGAGGAGACAGGCUCGCAUUGAGCCUCAUCGGAGCCUCUCAUUCAAGGACUGUUUUGAAAUUGUCUCACCCAAGAUGGAGCCCUCGUUCCAGGGCAUACUGCUGAGGCUUGCAUCCCCAUUUACCAUCCGAACCAGGCCUGAUAUCUCACAAUCUGGCACCAAGGAGAAGGUCAUGGAGUUAAAGGGUCAGAUGAUCCAUGUGCCCGAGUCCUGCUCCCUAAUGUUUCUGGGCUCGCCACGUGUUGAUAAGUUAGAGGAGCUGAUGGGCAGGGGCCUUUACCUGUCAGAUAUCCCCAUUCAUGAUGCCACACGAGAUGUUAUCCUGGUGGGGGAGCAGGCCAAAGCCCAGGAUGGCCUAAAGAAGAGAAUGGACAAACUUAAGGCCACAUUAGAGCGGACUCACCAGGCACUGGAGGAAGAAAAGAGGAGAACAGUUGAUCUCCUUUAUUCCAUAUUUCCAGGUGAUGUGGCACAGAAACUGUGGCAGGGUCAGCCAGUGCCUGCUCGCAAAUUUGAUGAUGUGACCAUGCUGUUCUCAGACAUUGUGGGUUUUACUGCUGUGUGUGCCCAGUGUACACCUAUGCAAGUCAUCUCCAUGCUCAACGAGCUUUACACACGCUUCGACUACCAGUGUGGCAUUCUGGAUGUUUAUAAGAUCGAGACAAUAGGCGAUGCCUACUGUGUGGCAGGAGGUCUUCACAAGAAGGUUGAUAGUCAUGCAAAGCCAAUUGCACACAUGGCUCUGAAGAUGAUGGAACUUUCCGAGGAAGUGCUGACACCUGAUGGGAAACCUAUCAAGCUAAGGAUCGGUAUCCACACAGGUUCAGUGCUGGCAGGUGUUGUUGGGGUUAAAAUGCCACGCUAUUGCCUGUUUGGGAACAAUGUGACACUGGCCAGCAAGUUUGAAUCUGGGAGCCAUCCGAGGUGUAUCAAUGUUAGCCCCACAACUUACCAGUUGCUGAAAGAUGACCGCUCUUUCUCAUUUGUCCCUCGCUCACGAUUGGAGCUCCCAGAGAAUUUUCCUAAAGAGAUCACAGGGACAUGCUACUUCCUGGAGGCCGGGACAUCUCACAGCCAUGCUUCAUUGACCAGCUCUCGCUCUGCUCCCCCGGCCUCUAUGAGGAAAGUCUCCUACAGCAUUGGGACCAUGUUUCUAAGAGAAACAAGUUUGUAGGUCCUAUACAAAGACUACCCAGAUGUUCAUUAUGUAAGAGGCAGGAUUUGAACUCGUGGAACAAGAGGGAAACAGAUCACACAGAUCUUUGGAUAUGCAAAUGCGUUCUGUGCAAACUUGGAUUCAGACCUGUGGGAUGGCCCAUAUGAAUGAAACUUGAAAAAAUGCUCUCAUUAUAGGUGUAAAAGUACAACAUGCCCUCAAAUACCCUGAGCAAAGAACAUAUGGUUCAAAAGAAUUGAAAAACAGCAACUGUACAAGUCUCACAUGGACCCUUCCCCAAGGAAGUGUACUGAUGGGAUCAAUUAGAAGAGAAACCUUAAUAUGAAACAUAGUAAUCUAGCUGGAUUCCUCAGCUCUAUACCUGGUUUCUAGUUCUCUCCAGUGGUCUUCUCUCCCAAAUGUUACCCGACAUGAGGCUAGAUGCAACAAUGCUUGGAGCAAACCUGGAGAAAGACCCUUUACGUGACGAGUGUUGCACUCAUUGGCAAUUGAAUUGCGCUAACAGAUCAAACUCACUUUCUGUUGCAAAAGUGGAUGCAAAGGCAUUAUGUUUUAUGAACGUUUAGAAGAUAGCAACAUUGUCGUUCAUUUUUGCUUUGCAUCAUGGCCUCUUGUAGACCAUGACUGAGGAACUAUACAACUCCCCUUCCAACUGUCCCUAAUUCAUGUCAGGCUUUACCACAUACUUCAAACAGCUGAUGCAUGUUACAUCCAUCAGACAACCUUGGACCAAUUGGUCGGUGCAGACACAAACAACGAGAUACAGUUAGUUUGAAAAAAGGGGGAAUAAAGGACAAGUGCCAAAAACGCUAGUACUAAGCUGAUCUUAAAGCCUUUUCUGCUUCUUACCCACAGUAAACUAUAACCAAGAACAAUCCAACCAUUACAUUGCAGGUAAUCUGUUUAGGACUGAAUAUUACUCCCAGCUCAGUGCCUUUUUGUUGCUCAAAUCUGGACAAAUACAAGAUGGGUUCAUUUGAAAUAUUUUAAAGAUAAAAACCCAAGGGGCGCUUAAUUUAUCUUGUUUCUACUUGUUUGAAAAGAUUUUUAUGACAUGUCUGUCCCUAGCUACACUAGAGAGUGACAGAUUUGAAUGAGGAAAUUACACAUGCCAAAGUUUAUUUGCAGUAUUUGGACAGAGUCACGAGAGGCGCCUUAUCCCACCGAGCCGACUAGUUGUGUCUUUAGUUUUGAGACGGUCAUGAGUGGCAGGCAAGAGCUAUUAAGCGCUUCUUAAAUAGUUCAAUGUUUAAAUUCUAUUCAUCUGUUGUUUUGUCCAGAUCAAUCAAUAAUACACAAAAUAUAGUACUAAUAAUAUAGUACUUUACUAACUUGCACACAUAGUCACAGUAUGCAUGCUUGACACAGUUCACAUUUACAUACAUCAGAUUUUGUAAUUGCAUUGUUUGCUAACCAUGUGGACGUACAAUUAUACAGUAGCCCCAUGCAAAAGUAACCCCCAGGAUUCAAGUUCAAGUCUACUAGUUUGCUGACAACUUACUCAGUGGAAAUAUCAGGCCUUCUUAACACUUGACCAACACUUGACACCAGACAUGGGAAAAUAAAGAGAAUCUUGAUAAACUGCCAUCAUAAAGUGGGAAGUGAAGGGUUGAAGUUGGAUAGUCUUUGAAUAUAUUUUAAACAUUGGCUAAUUUGGACAUUAACUUAAUGUAACUCACAUUACAUUUCUGCCAUUUCUCUUUGUUGUUGUCGACAUCACAUAGAUCUGUCACCAGUGAAGUACAAAU